AUGAAGAUGGUAUGUGAGGUUUCUUAUGGUCCAAAGGACCAUCUUUUAGGAGAAGACGCCCAUUUUAUUUGCUCAACCGAACAAAUUAUCGGAGUAGCUGAUGGAGUGGGCGGUUGGGCCAAGAAAGGCAUUGAUGCUGGUGAGUACGCUCGCCAACUCAUGCUCAACUCAAUUCAUGAGGUUGUCGACAACGAAAUAAUUAAUCCGAAAAUGAUUUUGGAGAAAGCAUUCAUGGAAAAUGCUUACUCUGAAAUUCAAGGCUCAUCAACUGCAUGCAUAAUUUGCCACAACAACGGAAUUUUACAUGCAGUGAACGUUGGAGAUAGUGGUUUUAUGGUGUUUAGAAACAACAGAUGUAUCUAUCGAUCAGCAACUCAACAGAAAGCAUUUAACAUGCCAUAUCAGCUCGGCAAUACUUGUGACACUCCUACAGUUGCAGUGGAAGUGAAGGUAGAAGUGGAAGUAGGAGAUAUCAUUAUUUUGGGUACUGACGGAGUUUGGGACAACAUAUUCGUAUGGGAGAUGGAACAAGUGUUAAAAGAAAAAACAAAAAUCAUGGAUUUGAAGAAUCUUAGUAGUUAUAUUGCAUCGUUGGCACUUUAUAACUCCUUUGACAAGUUUCGAAAAACUCCUUUCUCAAUAGCAUCUACAGAGGCCGGUAAACCCUAUAGAGGAGGCAAAUUCGAUGAUAUCACCGUGGUGAUUGGAAGGAUUAUUAAUUGUUGUUGA